UGCUGCCACCUCUGGCGAGUCCUCUCCGGCCCGUCCUGUGCGCGGCCCUUUGCUCCCGGGGGUCGUGUUUCCAGGCGGGUCGCGUGUUGAGGAGCGCUCUGAAGCCCAGCUACCCAGGCGUGUUUUGGUGGAAGGCAAACGGGAGCGACCAUGGCCGGCGCGCGGAUCCCGGUCCCUCGGCUCCAGGGCGUCACCGAGGCGCAGUUCUUGCACGACCUCUACCCACAGAGAAAGCCACUGGUGUUGGAAGGAAUUGAUCUGGGGCCAUGUACAAGCAAGUGGACAGUGGAAUACCUAAGCCGGGCCGGCGGGAAACAAGAUGUGAAGAUUCAUGUUGCUGCAGUUGCGCAGAUGGACUUCAUUAGUAAGAACUUUGUGUAUAGAACAUUGCCUUUUGACAAGUUGGUCCAGAGAGCAGCUGAAGAAAAGCAUAAAGAAUUCUUUAUUUCAGAGGAUGAGAAAUACUACCUACGGUCACUUGGAGAAGAUCCGAGAAAGGAUGUUGCAGAUAUCAGGAAGCAGUUUCCUUUGUUGGAGGGAGAUAUUAAGUUUCCCAACUUCUUCCAGAAGGAACAGUUCUUUUCCAGUGUUUUUCGAAUUAGUUCACCGGGAUUACAACUUUGGACUCACUAUGAUGUAAUGGAUAAUUUCUUAAUACAAGUGACAGGAAAAAAGCGUGUGGUACUAUUCAGUCCUCGAGAUGCCCCAUACUUAUAUUUAUCAGGUACUAAGUCACAAGUGCUGAAUAUAGAUAAUCCUGACUUGGCAAGAUAUCCACUCUUUACCAAGGCCAGAAGGUAUGAAUGUGCCCUUGAAGCUGGUGAUAUAUUAUUCAUUCCUGCUUUAUGGUUCCAUAAUGUAAUUUCUGAAGAGUUUGGAGUGGGAGUGAAUGUCUUUUGGAAGCACCUUCCAUCUGAAUGCUAUGAUAAGACAGACACCUAUGGAAACAAAGAUCCUACAGCAGCAUCAAGAGCUGCACAAAUUUUGGACAGAGCCUUAAAAACACUUGCUGAAUUACCAGAGGAAUACAGGGAUUUCUAUGCACGGCGAAUGGUCUUACACAUUCAAGACAAAGCCUACAGCAAGAACUUUGAGUAAAAAUGAAUAGAAUGUAAACAUUCUCAUAAAUUUAGCCCAAAUAUUGGAAAACUACAACAUAUUUCUUAAGUUUUAGAUUUAUUCUUUGCUAAAAUAUGGCAGAUAAAAUCUGAUUUCCAGAUUAAAUAAUUUUAAGGGAUGUUUA